UGUUACCGACGUAUGAUUGUAAACAUUGUUGAACGCGGGAAGGAGCUGCUGCAGGAAUUUUUUUUAGGAAAGAUGAAGACUAUAAUUUAAUGAGUAGAUGAAAUUUCUCCUCGUGUGGGGUUCAUUGAGACCCAUCGACGUGGACGUCUUGUGGACUUGACACUUGCCAAUAAAAGACAGCAAGUUUGAAUGUUUAGAAGUGCUUGUUAUUUCUCAAUUUGUCAGAAUGCUAUAUUUAAUUUUUUGUUUUGUUUUUAAAGUUGUUUAAAAUAGUAAUAAUAUUGGACAGAAAUUUAAACUUUAGAUAAUGCUUGAUCAGAAAAAGAAGAAUACUAUACUUGGAAGUUUAAGAGAUGUGAAGUGUGGUUAUCUCCAGAUAAGGAGGAACUUCUUCAUAAUAUGGAAGCUGCGGCAUAAUACUAUGACACCUAUUCGAUGCUGAUGACCAGACAGGACCCUUGAUGCUUGACAAUGAGUAACGAAGAAAGCUACCAUUUGUCAGAUACGGAAGCAAUGGAUGAUGUGGCUUACGACUCGGAUGUCACGGACAUGUCUGCAGAUGAUGAUGAUGCUGAUGGCAAUGAUGUUGGUCGUUCUCGUAGAAACGAAGCUAUGGUGCAGGAAGAUGAUGGAAGUAGAAGUCCCAUAAUUGGGGAAAGAAGAUCACAAGAAAGUCAAAGAAUACAUACCAUAAGAACUGAAGAAAGGCAAGGGGUGAUACAAGAGGUUGAUGUAGAGGUCAUUGAGGAGACAGAUGAGCAUGAGCCAGAUGAACCCAAUAUGAGUUUCGAGCACCAGCCUCAACAUCCAUCUGAGCAGUGGAUAGAGCGGGCAGAAGAUCCAUCAGAUGCAGGGCCAGCUCACUCUCGUCACUUACCAGAUGCCUUGCCUGUGUCUCGGUUGCCACAUCCUGCACCAGAGCAACAGUCUUCGGGUUUACUUGAAGCUUCAAAUCGGGAGUCAUCCAGUACCUCUGCUGCUGUGGUGGAACAACCACUGGCUCCCUCUAUAGUCAGUGAACCAAACAUUCAGGCAGGGCCAUCUUGUAAUAUCACUCCACAGAAGGCAAAUCCAGUUUGUGCAUCAGUACCAGGUUCACCAGAGUCAGAAGAUGAAGGUCAGAUCUGUUCAAUAUGUUUUGAACCCUGGGGCAAUUCAGGAGAUCAUCGAUUAUCAUCCCUCAAGUGUGGACACUUAUUUGGACAUGCAUGUAUUAUCCGUUGGCUAAAGGGUCAAAAAGGCAAGUGUCCUCAGUGUAAUGCAAAGGCCACAAAAAAAGAGAUUAGAGUACUGUAUGCCAAGUCUCUCAAAGUGCUAGACACCUCAGAAAGAGAUAAGAUUCUGAAGGACUUGGAACGGGAGAAGGAGGCAAAGAGGAAGUUGGAGCUUGAACAUGCUCAAACUAAGCUCAAGUAUGAACUUAAGGCACAACUUGUUGUAAAGCUUCAAGAAGAGUUAAAAAUACUAAGGAAUGCUACAGCAGGUACUAGUGGUUCACAUGGAGUUAACUUCUCCCAGAAUGUUGGAAGUAGUAGUCAAAGGAAGGCAAAAUUGAUAAUGCAUUCUGGUGUUGACAUAGCUAAGGAUGGUGGAUGUAGAGUGAUGGCUUACAAUGAAUGGCUCAAUAUGCUGGUGGUAUCCAUGCCAAGCCAGGUCACAAUGUUUCCUGGAUAUGGUGUGAGGAAAGUGAAUAUGUUAGAUCUGAAGCCUGAGAGAUAUGUACACAUUCAUCAGAAGCAGAUCAGAGAUUUGGCUUUUAAUCCAGCCAAAAAUGACUUGCUGCUUUCUGUUGCAAUGGAUAAAAUGGUAAAAUUAACAAAUAUUUGCAGCAAUGCCCCUGUUGCAUCAUUUAUGGCAGAAGCUCCAUUAUGGAGUUGCUGCUGGAAUGCUGAUGAAGCCAAUAAGUUUUUUGUUGGUACAGCAACAGGUUCUGUAGUGGAGUAUGAUACUCGCAACACAACGGGUCCAAUUCAAACUAUAAAAGUAGCUGGCUCUGGACCUGUAGUAUCUAUGUGUUAUGUACCAUAUAAUGCAGAUGCAAAUUUCAGAACUGGAGGACUGCUUGUGGCAAGACUUCAGUCAUGCUCCUUUGUGGAAGUGAAUGAAGGAGGAGUUAAAGACCACGCAUUGCCGCUUGAAGGUCCAUUUACCUGUGUGUCACUGGAGAAGUCCACUCGGCACAUUUUAGUGUCGUGUCGUCCUAGCCAAAAGUACCCUCAUGCAAGGCACAUAAUUUGCGAACUCCAAAGUGUUGAUAUUAGUUCUGAUUUAGCAGAGUUGAAUCAAGUUGUUACUGCAAAUACAAUCCACAUUUUCCAAGGUGGGACAACCCAAAAAGUUCUUUCCCGCUCAUGUGCUUUUGUUAAUCCAGUUCAGGAGGGAAACCUCGUGGCAUGUGCUAGUGAUGAGUCUACUCGGAGCACGUGUCUGUGGGACUUGUCGUCUACAUCUUGUUUACAGCAGCUCCGAGGUCCAGACACGGUAAUAGACAUUCUUCCAGUGAGGAGUAAUCAAAAUGAGUAUUUAACCUUGUUAACAGAUAAAUCUGUAAAAUUUUAUAGGUGGAUUGAUAUUUUAUAAUGCUUAAGUAGACUUUGCUAUUCAAGCAUUUCCUGUCGAGCUUAUGUCACACCUUUUGAAUGCUGUUAAUUCAGUAAUUGUGAAAUAUUUAUACAGUAUAUAAAAACUGUUUAUUUCAUCUGAACGACCAACUUUAACAAUUAUGUAACCCACUUGUCUAUAAAAUGCUGUGUAGCAUUUAAGAAGUAUUUAUCAUAAUACAUUAUGCAGUACUAUGCAAAAGUAGAUUUUCAGCUUAUGUUGAGAGUUUAUUAAAUGUAAAUAUAUAAAUAGUCUAAUAAAGUAAAAUGUACUUUUUAUCAGAUGGCAUACUUCCUCUAAACUUUUUUGUAAUUUUAAUAUAAUAAAUUAAAAAAAUAAA